AUGUCACCUCCUCCCCUGCGGGGCCAUGGGCCGGUUAUAAGGAGCUGCCACCCAGCCUGCACAGCGCUGAGCACUCCGGUCGGACGCCCUGCCAUGCAGCGCCGCAGGCCCGCCCCUGUGCUGCUGCUGCCCCAGCUGCUGGCACUGCUGCUGGGGGCGGCCACCACGGCUCCCUUGGCGCCCAGACCUUCCAAGGAGGAGCUGACCCGCUGUCUGGCAGAGGUGGUCACAGAAGUGCUGAAACUGGGCCAGGCCCAGAGAGGCCCCUGCACGGCUCUCCUCCACAAGGAGAUGUGUGGGACAGAGCCCUAUGGCUGUGCGUCCACUGAGGAGAAAGGCCUCCUGGUUGGGGACUUCAGGAAGCAGGAGCCUGGGAAGACAAGGUCCAGCCAGGAGGUGAGGGACGAGGAAGAGGAGGAGGCAGCAGAGAGGACCCACAAGUCUGAGGUGCGGGAACAGGCCAUCCGCAAGCAGCUGCACGGCCGGCUCCGCCAGGAGGACGACCGCGAGGAGGAGGAGGAGGAGGAGGAAAAGAAGAGGGGGCCCGCGGAGACCUUCAGGGGCCUGUGGAAGCGGCGUCUGGAGGGUGGAGGGGGGCCCCAGAAGCGGGUGGCGGAGCAGGCCAGUGACAAGGAGACGGCCCAGCUGGCGGCAGAGGAGAAGGGCGUGGAGGUGCUGGGCGGGGGCCGCAGCCUGUGGCAGGGGGCCGAGGGGCGUGGAGCAGAGUGGCCGGAGAACUCGCCGCACCACCACCUCCGCCAGCCGGACGCCGAGGCCAAGCAGGAGAAGGACGAGGCUGCCGAGCUGAAGGAACAUGAUAUGGAGCGGCUGGAGCGCAUGAGAGAGGAGCUGAAGAAGGCCACAGAGAUGUUGGGGGAGGAGCUCCAGAGGGCAGGCUGACCCCCGACCCCAUGUCCUCCUUCUUCCCGACACACCCUACGGCUUAGGACUGUUGACCCCCAGAGCCCCCACCUGACUUGGCACCCGCUCCACUCCCCCACCUGCAGGAGUGGGGACAAGGGUGUGCCCUGGGACCAGGCCUGAGGGGCCAAGUCUGAGCUGGGGAGAGGUGCUAGGCUCAGACUGACUCGGGAAACACCCCUGACACCAGUCUCACCCACUCUGACCCUUCCAGGCGAAUAAAGCACAGAGAAAACCACCCAGGCGUAUGUGCAGCUCUUGCUUUUGGAGGGAUGGGGCCCAGGAAUAAACUAGAGGACUGGGAACACGGCCGGCAGUCGAGUCUCUGUGGUCAGAACUGGGAUUUUAUUAAACUGGAAAUUCUAUUAACAAUGAAGUCAGACAGGGUCUUCAGGGAGAGUUUUUGAGGCUGGGGUGGGAGGUAGCGGGUUCUGGCGCCGGCCUCUGUGGACCACGAUGUCGUCGUAUUCAUCCUGGGGGCAGAGGGGACAGGCAGAGGACCUCAGGCG